AUGGCAGACAAUGAGCCAACUCGCAAAAGAAGACGCAAGGUCUUUACGGAAUCUGACAAGAAGAAAAGAAGACUGGCUUAUCAGACUAGUUUAGACAAAACAAGAGUUUACGUAGGCAAAGAAUUUGGAAGAUGGCAGCAGCUAAAGGAGUCUCUUUCUCUGAAAACGAAUGAGCAAGUUGCUACACUUUUGCUGGAUCGUUUUAACAGCGGCAGCGCCACCUGCUGGCGGAGAAGAGAAAUGAUUACAGAGCAUGUGGAAGAAAUCACGGCUGAAACACGCCUGUGCCCCUUGUGUCAACGGCAUCAAAAGGACAGCGGUGCUCUUUCUUUGCACCUGACUAAAAAACACAGCGUGCAUCCAGCGUGUCUCGAUAACCUACUCAUUAAUGCACCUUACGCAAACCCUUCCUUUGGCCCAGGCCAAAGCAUUCCAUUGGUUCCAGUGAGAGAAUCCAGUGUACAAAACAUUAAUGGCACAUCCCAGCCGAUGUCCCCAUCAAACACCAAAUCCCCUAAUUCAGUUCAACAAAACGGUUCUUCUCAGGAAAAUGAUGCAUGUGAUGAAUCAGGAGUAAAGAACAGAGGAUGCACUCAUGGUGACACAGAAUCCUUGGUCAAUAAUGAUGAAUCCAAUGAUAAAAACAAUGCUGCUGCCGAUGGCAAUGCUAACCGCCCUUUUAAGUGCCACUCAUGUCUGGAAUUCUUUUCGGAUAAGUCAGCAUUAAGUGUACAUUACCAUUCAGCCACUCAUAUCCAAAAGAUAAGAACUGGAGCAAGGAAUGACAGUGAUUCAUCAUCCCCCGUUCUUUCUUACCCAUAUGCCUCUAGCAAACCAUACCAGUGUGACGUGUGCCACGUCUCUUACUUUUACGCCUUUGGCUUGGAGAGCCAUCUGAAGUCUGUACUGCACCAGAGUCGUACCAGGAAGGCUGAAAAUGCCGUGGCCAAAACAAACCCGGAAACCAGAAUUGUUGUGGCAAGCCAGGCAGGUGCUACAGUGGCUAAUCCCACACAUUUAGCUAGUGCCAAGACCUGUAAUUGUGGGACACAAGCAGAGAAACUUCAGCUUCAGCCUGCUUCUUCGUUGAUUCCAGCUCCAGUGGUAUCUGCUCAGGCAGUGCCUACGGUUCUUCCUUUCCUAGCGCUAGCUCCGAACACUGUUCCACACACCAUCGUUCCCUCUGUUUUUCCUCCAUCCGGGACUCAGCUCAUACCCCAACCGCAAAUGUUAAUGCCUCUUAUCGUGAAAGGGGUCCAAACCUCAGACGCCCCUCAACAAAUUUUGCAGCAAGCUGUGCCAGUCCUUGGUCUCAGUGAUCCCCGAAUCCCAAUCCUUGGUCCCAGAGAUUCUGAAAAUCAAGCUGCAGUUAGCAAAGUCUCCAGUGUGUCUCGAAUACCUUUAAAAAUUAAUACAUCUGUUGAUGAGGUUGGAGUCAAAAUUAAAAUAGAAAUUAAAGAUGAGCCUUGUGAUCAUGAAGUAUCAGAAAGGACAUGUAUAGCAGAUGCUGCUAUUCAGGUGGGCUUAAAACAAGAGUAUAACAGAGUGUGUGAUGGAAUAGAGGGUAGCGUAGUGUGUGGUGACAAGCAGCAGAGCAAAGCCAAAGUGGUGAAUGUGGAAGAGGCAAAUGAAGCCUCUACAACCCAGGAUCUACAGAAUUCCCAUGUUAAAAAAUCCAGUCCUGUAAAAAACAACCCCUCAGAUGCUAAUCAUGGCCUAACAACUUUAAAUACCAAGCCUUGUUCAAGCUUGUCCUUGGGUCCUCCGGUACUAACUGAGUUCCAGUCCCAGGUUCUGUGGGCCUUUUUGGAGUCUCGAGAUGAGUCUGAUUCAGAAAUUCCACCACGAGAAGACUGUGAAGCCCUAGGCAGGGAAGUGGGACUAACCGAAGACGAGGUAAGAGAAUGGUUAGUGGACAAUUAUUGUGGCAAACAUGGGCAUUGUGAAAAUGUACAGUCUUGCUGCAAAAACCAGGAAGGCACCGAUGACGAAGAAACUCUGACGAUUGAUGAAAGUGGUGGAACGGUUCUCCGCUCCACUACGGACUUCGUUUCAGAUGAAGAGGAUGUAGAUGAUGAACAGAUCACAGUGGGUAUAAAGAGGAAGAGAAGCAUUGAUAAAGAAAAUCCAGAGAAGGACUCGGGAGGGACAGAGUGCUAAUUUUCUUUUAUCCAGAACAAGCUAAUCCUUCUGUUGACCCUCAAGGUUAUUUAAUCCCCCAUGUAUCAUAGGACUUAGUGUUUCUGUCAGAGGUGGAGCCAAAGCAGUGGCCUUCAUAAAUCCGCCAAUUACUCAGACUCAGGGUCAAAAGUCAUUAUCAAUAUAGUUCAAUAACUUAUAUUAAGUGUUGCUGUAAUUUAAUUUAAUUUGUUACUCACUUGGUUCUGUUGACUGAUGAACACACUACAGUUUUUCACUUUUUUUGAUUACCGGUCUAAUCAUUCCACUUAAUCAGUUCUGAUUGUGUUUCAUUAUAAUUAACAUGUACAGUAUAUAUGUCUAUAUAUGUUCUUGUAUAGAUAUGUUUAAAAUUAAAAUAAUGAUUAUUAAACAUUUUUUCUAUUUGCUGUACAUUAGCUUGGUUUUUGCUG